AUGUUCUAUCGGGAGAUGGGUGGAAAGUCUCACAGCAAAACAAUUCUCCUUCUUCAUGGCUUUCCUUCAUCAUCCCAUCAAUAUAGAAAAUUGAUUCCUCUGCUUGCUGCCAAGUACCGAGUUGUGGCGCCGGAUCUUCCAGGUUUCGGCUUCACAGAAGUACCAGAGGGGUUUAAAUAUUCAUUCGAGACGCUCACCGACACACUCGCGGAGUUUUUAGAUGUCAUCUCCCUUUCGACGUUCUCUAUCUACAUCUUCGAUUACGGUGCUCCAGUUGGUCUUCGUCUGGCGCUCCAGCGCGCGGACGCUAUUGAGGCCGUCGUCACUCAAAAUGGAAAUGCGUAUAAAGAGGGAUUCGGCGACGUGUGGGGUCCUAUACAAGCCUUCUGGACAAGCAAGAAUUCUGCCGAAGAUCGAGCCAAAGUGGCAGAUGCAAUGUUGACAUACGAUAUUACAAAGUUUCAAUACCUCAAUGGGACACCCGACGCUAGCAGAGUCGCACCGGAAUCUUAUACGUUAGAUUACGCCCUGAUGGAACGCCCUGGAAACAAGGAUAUUCAACUUGAUCUUUUCAUGGAUUACCAGAACAAUGUUGCGCUCUACGAGAAAUUCCAAGAAUACUUCAGGUCUUCUCAAGUGCCACUACUGGCUGUUUGGGGGAAGAACGAUGUUUUUUUUAUUCCCCCUGGGGCUGAAGCAUUUAAGAAAGAUCUUCCCCACUCCCAAGUCAAGUUUCUCGACGCUGGCCAUUUUGCAUCGGAGACUCAUGCUGAGGAGAUUGCCGACGAGAUUAUUGCUUUCUUAGGGUAG